ACUCACAGGACACCAUCCUGACGUCACACCCAAACAGGAAGUGCUCCCUGCUUAUCAGACAAUUGAUGGAGUAAAUAUCGACAAAUUCAUUAAUUAUAAGUGGUUAACAUGUCUCAAGAUCCCUGGUUACAGAAUUAUGAAGCCACUUGCCGCCUUGUCCAAGAAAUUGCAGAGAACAUUCAUGAAAGAAACAGACAACAGAGGACAAGAGGGAAUCCUGCAAAGAUGAACAUGACACUGCGAGCGUCGCUACAGAAGCUGAAACAGAACAUCAACCAGCUCAGAGAGAGUUUGCUCCGAGUCUCGUCCUCCCGGCGCAUAAUGCAGUCAGAAGCCGAUCGGAGACAGAACCUUGUUGACGACCUGGUCACCAGGGACAAGCAGCUAAAUGCCACGUUCAAGGGUGACGUUACACAGCCAGAGCCCUC